AUGGACAUUUCAUCUCCUCUAUUUAACAGCUACGGCAUCGGUGAACAGUACCACUGGAGUUAUCCCAGUUCAGACUCUGAGUUCUAUAACGUCUCCUCCCCGGAGACCUGCAUCCUCUCCCCGUCCACCUGCAGGGACUUCUCCCCGUCCUCUCUGCCUCAGGGGACUGGUUCAGGACCCCACAGAGCCUUGCACUCCGGUGGAGCUAAGGCGUCCUCUUCCCUGUCCUCCAGUGACGAAGGAGGACUAUCUGGAGAGAGGACUAGGAAGAGCCGCUCCAAGAACCCCAGCAAGCAGAGGCAGAGUGCCAGCGAGAAGGAGAAGCUGAGGAUGAGAGACCUGACCAAAGCCCUCCAUCACCUCAGGACCUACCUGCCUCCCUCUGUGGCUCCGGCCGGACAGACUCUGACCAAGAUCGAGACCCUGCGCCUCACCAUCGGCUACAUCUCCCAUCUUUCGGCCCAGCUGGGGCUCGGUGGAGAGUCUGUGUUUCGGAGGAACGGGCUGAACCUGAACUCCUCCGGACACCAAGUGUCACCGCAGCAAGAAUCCGCGGGGCAGUGCCAGUUUAACGCCUCCUUCUCAGGGUACUGCUGGGGAGAGGAGGCUCAGCUAGGGAGACAUUCAAAUGAGCAACAGACUACCCACACGGUUCCGUCCACGUACCCACUCCUCAAGACAACCAGGGCGGAUACGCAGCCAAGGGAAACGGACGCGUGUGCAUACGACGACGCCUUCAACUCAAGUAUGGAUUCUCUGUCGGAGUCGCCAGGCUACAUAGAGACAACACAGUCUCAUCAGGUGUGUUUCCUAUUUUGUCUUUCGUAG